AAAUGAUUAUAGCAAUGCCUUAUCAAACAUCAACAUAUCAAAAUGGCUGUAUGGAAUGGUUACGUCUUCGGAUUUCUAAUUUUUGCCUUUCUUGUUGAAAGAAUACGAGCGGCGCCUGCACCUUCCUGUCCACAAGAUUGGUUCAAACAUGGACGGUCGUGCUAUGCUUUCAUAACUAGCCGCAAGUCAAGUUGGUUGGGUGCUAUGACGUCUUGUCGCGAGGUCAAUGCAGAAAUCGUAGAGAUUGAAACUGCCGAUGAAAACAACUUCUUACGAAGUCACCUUAUCCAGAACCAUAUAAAUGAGCACUUUUGGGUAGGUGGAACGGAUGCCUUUUUGGAGGGACACUGGAUUUGGAUAAAUACACGACAGCCGUUUACAUUCACAGACUGGGCACCCCUGGAACCGUACCAGGGGGUCGGGAAUGACUGUAUGACCUUGGCAUACCACGAGGGUUAUCACUGGAACGAUGAUGUCUGCGAUCACCAAUACGACUUCAUCUGUGAAAAAGAAGCAGUGAUUGAUGAAUCUAUAGUCAUUGGUUAAUCAGGAAAGUCAACAACAGCGUCAAGUCCUAACGGAUAAGGAGCACCGCAGAAUAUAUUAUGUGUAUAUAUAAAAAUAAGCAGAAUAUUAAAAAAAAUAUUAAACUCUG